AUGGAAGACGAAGAACAACACGUACAGUCAAUGCCAAACCAACAUCUAGACCGAGAUCCAUCGCGCUUGACAACGUUCCCAAUGCCCGGAUUCUUGGCCUCUACAUUCCAGGCAUCGAAUGAUGAUGCGGAGAAUGGGGACGAUGCUCAAACUGUUGCUGCGUCUCCAGUCAAGAUACGUCCUCCUCCUAUGUCAACUGGCAAUCAGUAUUGGAUGCCGGACCACCUCUGCAAGGUAUGCUAUGACUGCUCUGCAGCAUUCUCUCUCUUCCGACGUCGUCACCAUUGCCGACUGUGCGGGCAAAUCUUUUGUCACGAGUGCAGCAACCACUUUAUUGAUGGUACACCUCACAGGUUUCCAGGUAUCGUUCGAGUGUGUAAGUUCUGCUUCCAAUUUGCAGACGCAGCUGGUGGGAAGAAGAAGAUAGAUGAAAGCGAACAAAGACUUAACUCGAGCGAAAGUUUGGAUGGAAAUGAGACGUCGAGAAAUUCUUUGUCUGGUCGGUUUGACCGUUUGUCACGCCGGUUGAGUGGGGAAGUUGGCUCUACAAAGCCAUCGCCCCUUAUAUUUGGUCCAUCGGCUGAUCCGAUCGAGGAACCGAUGUUGUCAUUGUCACCUAUCGACUCGAACACAAGUGAUGUUACAGGCUUGGAUCAACUGACGGACGUAGCAUGCCUUACAACCGAGUCUAUCGAUUUAUAUGAGGAAUCUGAUAGCGUCGAUACUCGCCGGAAUUUCCGCCCACAAGUACGAACUAGAAUACGACAUUCUAGCGCAGAAUUGCUGGGUGCAAUCGAAAAUGGUAGACUGGACACAGAAGUGUUGGCUUUUCACAAUUGGGUAAAGAAUGUUUCGGCUGACAACGAGGUCUCAACUGUUUCGGAAAAGACGGCGAGGGAAAUCAAUACCCGUAACGGUAAUAACCUUUACACACAGCGAGACAUCGCGUUAGAUAAACAUAUGCAAAGGGCUCACAAGCAAAUUCGUGACGGCAUUCAGCAUUUUGCAUCAUCCGUCGCGAAUAGUUUGCCAGAGUCUGAAUUCAUUGGUCUGGAUUAUUUGGUGAAAACCUUGGAAGACAUUGCAUUUGUUGUGACGGGACAUUUGCUUUUCAGUAUGAAUUUUCGCACUAUUAGUGGUUUCAACUACGCACACCUCGUGAAAGUGAAAAGCAUUGCAGUCGGAGCGACUGUGCAGACAAACAAGAAGGAGCCGAGCUACAGUUUCAAAUGGCUCGCUGGCACUGUGUGUCGCAAGCACUUAAGCCACAAGCAAAUGGCGCGCCAAGUCGAAAACCCUCGUAUCUUGCUGUUUGCUUGUGGAAUAAGCUACGAUCGCUCGAACGGCAUUGGGCGAAUGAGCUCAUUAGACACGUUGAUGGAGCAGGAAAAAAAUUACAUGGCCAUUUUGGUAGAAAAGAUAUCGGAAUUAGAGCCCGAUGUGAUUUUUGUGGAAAAAACUGUGUCAAGGCAUGCUCAAGAGCUGUUAUGUGAACGCCGGAUAUCGAUCGUGCUUAAUGUCAAGAGUGAAUUAUUACACCGAAUUGCUCGCCAUACUGGAGCUGAGGUCUUAACAUCCGUAGAUCAUGUGGAUAAAGCGGAUCCUGCACAAGUCAUCGGCAGCUGCCGUUCAUUCACGGUGAAGUCGAUCCCGGUAGUUCCGGAACCGGGGCUGAUACCAACGAAAAAAUCAUCGCAGGCACCAGCAGGUGUGUUUUUGAAAGCACCUGCGGUUCCAAGCCGUUUGCGAACGGACACUUACCUGUACUUAGACGGAUGUGAUCCGCUAAACGGUUGCACAGUGUUAAUUACUGGGCCAUCAAAGCAGACAUUACGUCUACUAAAGCAGCUGACCCGAGCCGUGCUAUCGAUGACAUAUCAAUUGCUUUUAGAGGCUCACGUUUUAUCCGAUCUUAACUUGAACAAUGAUAUGUCAUUCAGCGAAAAUGCAGCGCUUACUGAUGAGCAACGUACUACCUGGUGUACAACAUCCACUUUACGUGUUCGUGAUCCUGGAUCUCUGGACCCUCAUUACCAUCAAUGCGUCGAAGCCAAGCAUCUUCGCAUUACAGCCUGCUCGGAUGACGAUGUAUCGUUUGGCAACUUUCUCAACCAAGAAUUGGCAGCCCUCUCCCUAAAAUGUCAAAGUGUCAAAUGCAACUAUUUAAUGGCAGAUCACGUUCAUUCGUUUAGUUGCCGGAUGGGAACGAUAACAAUUUCAUUCGAAGAACUGCCGGAUCAAAACAAACAGCCGUUAUCGUUGUCAGUAAGUAAUGUGAGCGACGUUGGGGGCACGGAUAAAUCGUUCUGCUCGAUGAGCGAGCUCUCACUAUCAAUGCGUUCCGAAAGAAACACCAACAUGCGUGCGAUAAUGACGCCAGAAUCCGUUCUUCAUACAUCCGGGAAUGAUAACGAAACUGUGAUAUCGGUGGAGAACGGAUAUCCUACAGUGAUAUUUUGGCGAUGGUGUCGUGGAUGUAAUGGUGUGAUUACGCCUUUUAUGCCGUUGGAAAAGUACAUUUACAAGUACUCGUUUGCCAGAUUCUUGGAAGUCCUCUUUUCGGAAGCAGAACGAUCUGUGCUACCGAAUUCAUCAAGCACAACGUGUACGCACGUCUCGAUGGAGUCACACGUGCUUUUCUUGAAUAUUGGUAAGUCCGUGGCACGCUUUGAUUUCUCAAAGCAGGUCUCGCUUCGUCUUAGCCAUUCAGAGUUAAAGCACGGCAAUGGCCAUCGUCAGUUAUGUAUCAAAAUGGAGCAGGCGGUUUUGAAGAAGGAAGUUACGGCUCGUCUUGAAAUCUUAAAAGGGCUCCUGAGGUCACUUAUUAGUACUUUUACGGAGAAAGUCCAGGGAAUCAAUCAGGCAGUGGAAGCUUUUGAACGUACGGAUAAGGGUUACCACGCUCGUAUCAUCCUUGAAGUCAUGUGCAUUUCUAAAAUGGUAAAAAGCGGUGACGCCAUUUUUUCCUACCAAAUGGCGCGAAUUGGUGAGAAAACAGUGGACAGUUUGGAACUUUGUGAUAUUACUCAAGCGCUGAGAAUUUGUGAUGUUACUCAGCGUGCUUUGUACUUACUAGCAUGCAAAUGGGUUGCCUGCAUGCUGCGCCUUCGCAAGUUGAUUAAGAAACAUCUUUCGACGGAUACGGCUCCACCAUCUCCAAAUAGUAGGUCUUUUACUCUUCGAGGCAUUAAGUUUCAUCCUGCUAUUUCUUUGUCGCCCAUUACAUCUUCACGGGUCGUAGAAGAAUCAACCCUGGCGCCAAGCAUCAUUGCGACAGAGUCCGACUGGAGUAAAGAUACUGAGCAACUGCCUCGACACCGAAGUAAUGGAGCUUUAAGUUCUGAGUCCGAAUCGAGCACGGAAAAGGUGCUGGCAUCUUCAACAACUAUUGCUAGCACUGAAUUAUUCAAGAGACCAUCAUUACCAUUCCCUGUCGUUGUCCACGGUAAUGGAGAUGGAAAAGAGGGCCCGCGGAAUGGAUGGAAGGAAGCUUUGUGGGACCUUUACCGCGUUCUCGGACGAAGUGAACCAGGAAAUGACUUCACGAUUGACCUUCCUGAAGCACUGACUGCUGGCCACCCGAGUCUUCAUCAUCGUUCAAAAUCUCGAGUGGUCCUGGUUGACGAGGCAAAACCAAUUACAAGCAUUGCUUACGCCUUAUCGACAGAUUCGUAUGAAGAAGAGAUGGACGGAUGGAAACUACGUGUUCAUAACGAAGCAGUCGAGUCAGUUGGUUUGCAAAAGCAAAAACGGGACGAUGCAAGCGCGAUGUCCACAAACUGGUCUCUUGCCGCUCUCGAAUCAUCAUUGAACGUGCCGUUUAAAUUUGUGGCAGUGGAAAUGCCGCUGCACUUAUCACUCCUUUCAGGCAAAUCAGCGUCAAUGUUGUCCAACACGUGCUGGGAGAUAUCAACCGUUGCGUACUUCCCGCUCCAGUUUGAGGUCUUGCGCGAACUAUUCUAUGGUAGUCUUCAGAGAUACGUGUUUUCAAUAUCUCAUGUGGCAAGCUGGGACGCAAAUGGUGGUAAAUCGGGUGCCUCGUUUUACCGAACGUUAGAUGACCGCUUUGUUGUUAAACACAUUUCAUCGACUGAAAUGCAGAGCUUCCUGGGCUGUCUUCCUGGGUACUUCAAAUAUAUGGCAAGCAUUUACUUUGACGGCCGGGCAAGCAUAUUGUCAAAGACCGUUGGACUCUACCAGACAACCACAAUCCGAAAAGAUACUGGGCAGAAGAUGCUUACACGAACCUAUGAUCUCAAAGGAAGUUCUCGGAACCGAUUUAUUGGACCGCAAUCGACCUCAGAAGUUCUUCAAAAUGGCAACCGUGCUCUUCUUGAUGGUAACUUCUUAGAGUUCACCAAAGGUCAUCCUUUGGGCAUACUCGCAGAGGAUCAUCGUUUGAUACUAAAAGCGGUGAAGAAUGAUACUGCAUUUCUCUGCUCUAUCAACAUCGUGGACUACUCGAUGGUUGUGGGGCUAAGCUAUCCACAUGACGAUACUGGAGACCAGAUGGAGAGCCCGUCGGAAAUGACUGUUGGCAUCGUUGACUACCUACGUCAAUUUGAUUUAAUAAAGCGUGUGGAGAGUGUUGGCAAGUCUGUCGGUAUGAUUGCUGGACAAUCUUCUCCCACAAUCAUUGAACCAGGUCUUUAUGGAAAACGAUUUCAAGACGCCAUACGCCGGUACUUUAUGCCCGUAACUCCAAUCUCGUCCGGCACCAAUGACGAUAUCGAAGACUAA